AUGUCCUGACGUCAUUUAGAAGCUUCCGGGCUGGCAGAACUGGACCGGUGAUGCUCAAAUGUGUAAUUCCACUACAUUUUUCAAUCGUUUAAUAACAGAAGCAGAUGUAAUUUAUUCCCAAACACACAUUGUUUAUAGAUGAUACCAUUAUAAUGUCAGACCUUUGGUUACAAGGAUAAAGAGACUUGAUUCAACCCUGCAGUGACUCAGGCGUAGCGGCUGGAAAAGAGGGCUGGACCUACUGCACAAAAGAACGACUGCCUGCAAUCUUCAGCCGAAGCAAGUCAAAAAACUUCAAGCGCUGUGAAGAGUGCAGUGCGGCGUUGCUUGUUUAGUUUGAUUUAUUUGAUUUAACUUCAUCCUCAAAGAUGAAGUUGAAGGAGGAUAUGAACCCGCUGCUGCUGCAGGUCUUCCGUUCUGUAGUGUGGGUCUACUCUGUCAUCACCUUCAUACCCUGGUACUUCCUCUCUGGAGCUGGCAACAACCUGGAACGGGCACGCCGGAUCAAGGCACGCUCAGUUAGCGGACUCCCAUUAGGGCCUUACAGGUCCACCAACAGCCAAGACAAGCUGGUGGCAUGGAUGCACCCAAAUGUGGACACACUGGACAAAAUGUUUAAAUAUGCUGCGAGUCGGUUUCCACAGAGAAACUGUUUGGGAACCAGGGAGGUGCUCAGUGAAGAGGAUGAGAUCCAGCCUAACGGCAAGGUCUUCAAAAAGGUAAUUCUGGGGAACUAUAACUGGCUGUCGUACGAGGAAGCCUACGAGGCAGCGAAGUGUUUUGGCAGCGGUCUGGCAGCGCUCGGCCUGAAGCCGCAGUGUAAAAUCGCCAUCUUCUGCGAGACCAGAUCAGAGUGGAUGUUGGUAGCACAAGCCUGCUUUAUGUACAAUUUCCAACUUGUGACACUGUAUGCUACUCUUGGACCCACGGCCAUCGCUCACGGCCUGAACGAGACAGAGAUCACACACAUCAUCACAAGCAAAGACCUGCUUCAGAGCCGACUCAAGGCCAUAGUGUGUGAUGUGCCGAGACUCCACUAUAUCAUUGUAGUUGACAGUAAACCCACAAGCUGGCCAAACAUCCCUAGAGGAAUCACAGUCUACAGCAUGGACGCUGUGAAGGAGAUAGGGUCCAAGCCUGAAAAUAUAGCAGUAAACCGCAGUCAGCCAGAGUCCUCAGACAUCGCGGUCAUCAUGUACACCAGCGGCUCCACAGGCAUCCCCAAGGGUGUCAUGGUUUCCCAUGGCAACAUCAUUGCUGGCAUUACUGGCAUGGCCGAGCGAAUUCCUAACCUCAAUGAAUCAGACACCUAUAUUGGCUACCUGCCGUUGGCCCAUGUUUUAGAACUCAGCGCAGAACUUGUGUGCAUCUCUCACGGCUGUAGCAUCGGCUACUCCUCCCCCCAGACUCUAGCUGACCAGUCUACCAAGAUAAAGAAGGGCAGUAAAGGGGACACCAGUGUGCUGAAACCUACUCUCAUGGCUGCUGUACCAGAAAUCAUGGAUCGCAUCUACAAGAAUGUGAUGACCAAAGUGGAAGAGAUGAGCAAACUGCAGAGGACACUGUUUGCAUUGGCUUACAACUACAAGAUGGAGCAGAUCUCCAAGGGCUACAGCACGCCACUCUGUGACAGUCUGGUGUUCAAACGGGUGCGUGCGCUCUUGGGAGGGAACACCCGGGUUCUGCUUUCUGGUGGAGCUCCCCUCUCUGCUGCCACACAGCGCUUCAUGAACAUCUGCCUGUGCUGCCCUGUGGGCCAGGGCUACGGUCUGACGGAGACCUGUGGAGCUGGCACCAUCAGUGAGAUGGCGGACUACAGCACAGGGCGAGUCGGUGCUCCGUUGGUUUGUUCAGAGAUCACACUGAAAGAUUGGGAGGAGGGUGGUUACUACAGCAAAGACAAGCCCAACCCUCGGGGGGAAAUUUUGAUUGGCGGUCCCAACGUAACGAUGGGUUACUACAAAAAUGAAACUAAGAACUGUGAGGACUUCUAUGUGGAUGCGAAUGGCCAGAGAUGGUUCUGCACAGGAGACAUUGGAGAGGUUCACACUGACGGAUGCCUGAAGAUCAUUGACCGUAAGAAGGACCUGGUGAAGUUACAGGCAGGCGAGUACGUCUCUCUUGGAAAAGUUGAGGCUGUUUUGAAGAACUGCUCACUUAUAGACAAUAUCUGUGCCUAUGCCAACAGUGACCAGUCGUAUGUGAUUAGCUUCGUGGUGCCUAACCACAAGCAGCUAAUGGCUCUGGCGGAGCAGGUGCAGAUUAGAGGCACAUGGGAGGAGAUGUGCAACAACUCCCAGAUGGAGAAAGAGGUCCUCCGCAUCAUUACUGAAGCUGCCCUCUCAGCCAAAAUGGAGCGAUUCGAGAUCCCCAAGAAGAUCCGACUGAGUGCUGAGCCCUGGACCCCGGAGACUGGCUUGGUCACCGACGCAUUCAAACUGAAACGCAAGGAGCUGAAAUCACACUACCAGGAAGACAUUGAGAGAAUGUACGGAGGAAAAUAAAACAAUGCUUUAAACAACCCAUCCACAUAUAUACUUGUACACAUACACAUGGAGCUCAAAAGCCCCUACAAGGAAUAUUUGGGAGAGCAGUUAUACUUUACAAGUAACACACACACACACACACACACACACAGAUUAUUACAGGCACAUAAAGCGUCUCAUGCAUCUCCUCCUUGGCUUCCCUGCGACCAGUUCGAUCAAAAGACGGGGGAGAAAAUCCUGAAACCAGCUUACUGCUAUCUCUCAAGACCAAAUAGCACAAGGUCCCUCAUAGAUGGCUGAACCAGCCGUAGCGACGUACUCACCGUUCCCCUUUGAGUUUCUAUGACAACCGAGGUGGCACAUGAAGUCGGACGUCCAUCUGACUCGAAGUGAAAUAAAUGUCAGGCUAAACGUAUAUCUGGAUCAAUGUCCGUGCGCUCUUUCUGUUACUCCUCUUCUUCCUCCCCCUGCUCUCUGGAGGGUUCUAUAGCUCAGUAUGGUUGUGGACUCAGUGCAAAUACCUGGCAGGGACAUAGGGUAGCAUGAGAGCGAUGGAGGGAUCUCUCUUGGGCUUAAGUAACAUUCAGGUUGGAAUCUAUGCAGGGAUCUUCACUCUACGUUUUGUUUUUUAUGCUUGGUCUGUCAGCUUUGAAACCCCAUUUGAUGAGUAUUUUUUUAAGUAUGAGGAAUCGGUGUUGCAAAGCCAUGAGAGAUUGAGCGUCAACAUUUUUUUAAUUGAUUUCUUACUGUAAUUUUUAUGGUGGGUAUAUUCUAAAAGGUCUUUAUUUCUCUAUCCUGUUUUUUAUUGCCAAUGUAUCGCAAAGUACUUUAAUGGGCUUUGUUUCCAGGUUCUUUUUUUGUUGGCUUUCCUGCUCCUUUUCUGCCCAAAGUUUCUACCUUUGAGUGUGUGUUUGACUAGUAGAAGCGAUCCAGUCUCCCUUUUGGUGUCGGCCUUUUGCAGCAGGGGUCAAACAUAAAUUGUAAAACGCAUCAUUGGGGCUUUUUCCGUCUCUGCUCUUUGCCCACGGCUUCAUUUCUCCACCUUUUGUAUUGCCUGUUCAUUGAUCAUUAAGAAGCCCUGCCACGUAUUCCUCCAGUCAUGACCAAUUCACCGUAUGGAUGUUACAUUAAGCCUUUCAUGGGUUACUCUCGCGAUUACUUUGUGGCGGAACUUUACAUGUUAUCCUUUUUUGGCCAUAGAUUGAGUAACUGUUACUUUUGUCUUUUUUGUUUUUUUACUUAUGAAUAUGAAUUACAAAAUGAAUGUGCAAUAUUUAUAAACACAUUUUAAACUAAAGUACAUAGGAAUGCAGAAGAAAAACGCACAUACAGCAGCCCAUCCGUAGUGUAUGAAUGUUAAGGUCUGAUACUCAUAUUGAAAGACAUGUAGGAACACAAGCAAACGAUUAAAGAGGAUGGUAGAGAGACACUGACGAGGGAGGGAGGUCUAGAUGAAGCCCAUUUGAACGUACUGUGCUAAAUAAUGUAAUUAUUGUUAUCAAGACUGUAAGGUGAACUAUUUAAUAUUGGGCAUUGUAGAAAUGGUUUAAUAAAAAGUGUGCAAAUGUACCAAAGCACUUGAAUACACAUUUGAGGAUGAAAUGCGGAGUAUAGCACUCCAGUCAAACAACUGAAGAGAUUCCUUAUCAAUACACUCCUUACAAACUUACCAGACCUCAUAGUAUCUUGAAAUUGGUUAAUUUUUAUGACACUGUUCUGCAAUUUAUUUAAAGAGAUUGAACUGCCACAUGUUUAAACUUGAGUAAAACAUACUGAAUACAUGAAAUACUGUAGUUUCCAGAUUCAGAUUGGUGGUGAAAUGAUCUGAAUGGCAUCAGUGCGAGUGACACCCUUGCUUCAGUCUUUCUACUCUUCGCAUUUAUGGGUAGAACAUAAAAUUGUUUGGUCAAUGGUCCUUUGUAAGGGCAACAUCUAUCCCAAAGCUGUAAUGCAAAUUCUGCUUUGCUUUUACUGAAUAAGUUUUGCAUUAACAAAUGUACAGUCAGGUACUCUAACUGGUUCUCUUAUCAGACGUCUACUAGCUCAACGUUAAGGUUAUUUUAGCAUGUACAAAAGAUACAGUACCAUUAUGAUGAAAUGGAAAGCCGCUCCUCCCCUUCCUGGUUUUUAUUACAGUUCCUUCUCUCAACAUUUUAGUGAAAAGUCAGUAGCUUACUGUGCUGUUUGCUGCUUUCCCUCUGCCUGGAUAGAGGCAGCUAGUUGCCUUCUGACACACAUGAGCUGUCUUAAGAAUGUGAAGCACUCCCCACAUUUUAGUUGAUAGCACGCAAUGCUGUGUCCUGCUACAUCCAUUUCAGCAAGGCCAAGACAAUAGGGUGGUUGGAACACCACUGUAGUUUUCACUUGCAUUGUAAAUAGGUUGAGAGGGGAAAGGAUCUAUGAAUUCAAGUCCAUUCAAACUACCAAUAAUUGUACAGGUGUAAAGUCUCCUGAUAUCAUAUUUAAUAAUCUUUGUUACUGACCAGAUUUUGGGGGUCUCCUCGUUGAUUUGUGUGAUGAAGUGGCCCUGCGAGCCAGGCUAUUUGCAAGUGUCUCUUUCCUUAUUUAUUUGUAAUUUGGCCUUGAAAACAAUGUAAUGAAAUAAAAAGUUGUGUUGUAA